AUGGAGUAUGGAUCUGCUUUGCGGCAUCGAGAUCCGCGAUCUUGUCUCAUCGGCGCCCUCGCGUUCUGGCUUUUCUGGCGCUGGCAGGUAGAAAAGGCGGAAAGGUUUCCCGUCUUCCAAAGAAGCGAAGACUGGUAUGAAACGAAGGUGCUCCGCCGAUCGGCGAAGGAGCCUCAAGCUCCGUUGUCGGGCCAGACUGCCCGAGAAUGGACGUCCAGGUUCUACAAGAAGGCCGGCAUCAAGGUCUCCAAGGUCAGCCACGCGCCUAGAGUGGCCGCGACGCAAAACGCCGACAUGGCCGGAGUGGAUGAAGGCCAGAUCCGCCGAGCCGGUCGUUGGAAUAACGGAGACCAAAUGACCGGCUGCUAUCUGACUUCCCUGCCUUUCGAAUUCAUGAGGGCCGUGGCCGACUUUGACCCUGAAUGGUCGGGGUCUUAUUUCGUGCCCGGGCCACCGUGA